UUGAAAUUGACAAUGAAGGAAACGCAAUUAAAGAACAUUCAUUGCCUUGUACAUUUUUGUUUAUUGUUAAUGAAGAAGAUACUGGUGAAUAUUCCAACUCAAAUCAUAAAAAUAACGGUGAUAAAGGUGAUGAUAGUAAAGAAAAUAGUUUCAAUAAGGCUAAUGAUGGUGAAGAAAAUAGUGAUGACGAAGAAAAUAGUAACAAUAAAGUUGAAGAAAGUGAUGACAAUAUAGACGUUUCAUGGUAG